AUGGGCUGGCCUGACAGUUCGUUUCCGGGGCCGGGAAGCCUGGAAGGAAGUGAGACUCUGUUGCUGGAAGGGAACAGAAAGGUGACAUGGGGAGAGACCCAGCAAUAUCCUGAUCACUUAGAGAGAUUUAAUUACUAUCUCCAAGUGCUUUGCAUAGAGGUUUUGUCUGGGACUCGCUGUUACUGGGAGAUUGAGUGCAGUGGGGAAUGGGCUGAUAUAGGAGUCACAUAUAAAGGAAUCAGCAGGAAAGGAUGGGAUCAUUCCUGUUUCCUUGGAUUCAAUGACAAGUCCUGGAGUUUGUCCUGCUCUGGUUCCAGUUACACUGCCUGGCACAAUAACAAUCACACUGGAAUAACUGCCCCCUGCUCCCCCAGAAUAGGCGUGUAUCUGGACUUUAAUGCCGGCACGCUGUCCUUUUAUGGUGUCUCUGACACAAUGACCCUCCUGCACAGAUUCCAAACCACAUUCACUGAGCCGCUCUAUCCUGGAUUUGAGCUUGAUUAUAAUUCCACUGUAACAAUCUGCCAGCUGAACUAG